AUGGCGGAGGGUACCCUGCACACCAAAGAACCUCUAGUGGUUACCAAAUAUGCCCUCCAAGGAAAACAGAUGCACAUGGGAAGACACCCAUCAAUGUCUUUCCUAGGAGUCUCCUUCUCCAGACCUCUGUGGGUGCCUGCAGGUUCACUGCCCCAGGGGCCCCCAGAAUCCUGGGAAGGAAUCAGAAAUGCCACCACCUAUGUUUCAGGAGGCCUGGGGCAGAUCGCCUCCAUGUAUCCCAGCACGCGAAAACAAUACAAGUGGCUGAGCUUCAGCGAGGACGGUCUGUACCUGACCGUGUACCGCCAGCGCGCGCCUGGGGACGCUGCCUCGGCUUUCCGCGCCCGGGUGAUGGUCGGCUUCCCAGGAGGCCCCUUCCUCGUGGGCUCCGCUUCCACGUACUAUGCGUCUGAACUGGCCGCCCGCGAGAAAGCGGAGCUUGUGCUGCGGCAGCAUAGGCUCGGCAUCCUGGCCUUCCUGAACGCGGGCGACACGCAGGCCCGCGGGAACUGGGCGCUGUUGGACCAGGUGGCGGCUCAGCGCUGGGUACAAAAAAACAUCGCAGCCUUCGGUGGAGACCCAGACUGCGUAACCCUGUUUGGCCAGUCUUCGUGGGCCAUGUGUAUCUUGGGACUGGUGAGUGCAGUGCCCGGGCAGACCCAGCACAGACUCAGGUCCACAAUCCAUGAGUGCAUCCUCCACUGCACAAAUGCAUGUGCAGAUGUGUACAGGACCAUGCAGGUCCACAGACCUGCCCUCACCCCGGCCAAGGUUGAGGAGAAGGCGCUGAGCCUCCAGAUGAUGAAAUACUGGGCCGCCUUUGCCCAUACAGGAAACCCCAAUGUUGGGAAGCUGACCUACCGGCCACAAUACAACAAGGAGGAGAAGUACCUGUGGAUGGAUUUCACCACGAGGGUGGGUGUGAAGCUCAAGGAGGAGAAGAUGGCCUUUCGGAUGAGACUGCACCAGCAUUGAGGACCUGAGAAGCAGAGGCAUUUUUGA